CAACACUAAUUUGCAAGUAAACGAGAGCCACCUCCUUAAAACCAGCGUCCGCUAAAAUAGUGUUUUCCAGGCAAUAUCUUACAAUCUAUUACGAGACUAAUGGGUUUGAACGACGCAUUUAACUACGUGCUAUUCAACAAUCCCGUCUCCAGCACCAUGUGGGGAAUCGCAGCGAACGGAGCGAAAGCGGUGGGAUUGAAACCGAAAGCUGUGGCACAGACGGCGGCGGCACAUACGACAACGACGGUCGCCCAACAAGCGCUUCCACCCCUGUGGAAGAUGCUCGGCUGUAACCGGCAGAUCUUGAGACUGGCCGGAGUAAGCGGUGCUACGGCCGUGAUGAUCGGAGCCUACGGCGCCCAUUAUCAUUUCGUUACAAACGACGACGAAGAUCGUGAUCCGAGACAGAUAUUCGACAUGACCAAUCGUUACCACUUCCUUCAUUCCCUUGCCCUUUUGGCGGCUCCGCUCGCAAGACGUCCCUACUUGACCGCUGUUCUGAUGACUGCUGGAAUGUCCAUGUUCUGCGGCACUUGCUACUACAUCGCGUUCACCAACGAUCGUCGGUUCGCCAAGUUUACUCCGUUCGGUGGCUUUUUACUCAUCUUUGGAUGGCUGUCGUUUGCAAUUUAA